UUGCAUAUUAUUUAUUUGCAGAUAUAAAACAACACAGAUUGGAUAUCAAUUUAUAAAACGCCCUUUCUGCGGGUCAUUUAUACGAGGCAUCGUUUAAUCCGCUCCAGUAUCUUAUUGUGCGAGGAGCCGUUUAGUCAUCAUGGCUCGCGAAGAUGAAGAGCGUAUUGUGGACAACGAGGAGGAGGCGGCCACAGCAGAAGAUUCAUCAACUAUCCGUGGAAGACAGGACAAUGAACUGGCGCUGCCAUCCGGCGGUUGUUGCAUGCCGUCGAGCACCUGCCAUCGCUUUCUGGCUUUGAUUUUCAUGUGCCUGCUUGGAUUUGGUUCGUAUUUCUGUUACGACAAUCCGGGUGCACUACAGACGGUCUUCAAACGGGAUUUGGAUUUGAGUGCAACGCAGUUUACGCUCAUCUACUCUAUCUACUCAUGGCCGAAUGUGGUGCUCUGCUUUGUGGGUGGCUUUCUCAUCGAUCGACUGUUUGGUAUACGGCUGGGCACGAUUAUCUAUAUGUUGAUCUUGCUAGUGGGCCAGUUAAUUUUUGCCAGCGGCGGCAUAUUGGACGCUUUCUGGUUGAUGAUACUGGGUCGCUUCAUAUUCGGCAUCGGCGCCGAAUCGUUGGCGGUAGCCCAAAACAGUUAUGCCGUCUUGUGGUUCAAGGGAAAGGAGCUGAAUAUGGUCUUUGGUUUGCAGUUGUCGGUGGCGCGUUUUGGAAGCACUGUCAACUUCUGGGUGAUGCAGCCCAUCUACGACUAUGUGAGCAAAUUCUAUGAGGGACAUCGUGCCCUGGGCGUCGUCCUGUUAUUGGCCACGCUCACCUGCGUCAUGUCGCUGCUUUGCGCCCUCAUUCUAGGAAUCAUGGACAAGCGGGCGGAACGGAUUCUGCAGCGGAACAACAAUCCGUCGGGAGAGAUACCAAAGCUCACCGAUGUUUUCACAUUCAAGGCUCCCUUCUGGAUGGUCUCGAUCAUUUGUGUGGCUUACUAUGUGGCAAUUUUUCCAUUUAUUGCGCUGGGCCAGAAGUUCUUUAUGGAUCGUUUCGGUUACACUGAAUCCGAGGCAAACACAGUUGACUCCUUGGUGUAUCUAAUUGCGGCCGUAUCGUCACCCAUCUUUGGCUUCAUCAUCGACAAAUUGGGACGCAAUGUCACGUGGGUGUUCAGUGCGACAAUCACCACAAUUGGCGCACAUCUGCUUCUCACGUUUACACCGAUCACUCCCUAUGUGGGCAUGGUCAUUAUGGGUCUGUCUUACUCCAUGUUGGCUGCUAGUUUAUGGCCUCUGGUGGCGCUCAUCAUUCCGGAAUAUCAGCUAGGCACAGCCUAUGGCUUCUGUCAGUCGGUGCAGAAUCUCGGGUUGGCUGUCAUCACCAUAUUGGCGGGCAUUAUUGCCGAUCACAGCAAGACGGAUCACACUUGGUUGCAGCUGUUCUUCAUCGGUUGGCUGACAGUUGCCCUGAUUGCGACUUGUGUAAUUUGGGGCUACGACAAGAAGCAUCGCGGCAAUCUCAAUAUGACGCCAGCCCAGCGUGCCACCUACGUCAAUGCUGCGACCUAUCAGCACUUUGAAUAGGAUACAGGAAACAUGAUGGAUGUAAGGAAGGCAACUACACGACGGAGCCAUAACUUGUCAUCAUCACCAUCUAUGAACCCGCAUCGUCAGAACAAAUAUUAAAUCGAAAUAAUCCAAAACUAUAAGUAAUGCGGGAGGCUUUUCUACGAACUCCGAUAAAGAUGAUGAUCUUAGUUAUUAUUGUUGGUUGAUCUUUUUGAUAAUUGAUAAUGUGAUGUGCGCAUAUUGAGUCGCAAAUUGGUAUUUACUAAAAGGAAUUGUUUAUUGUCGAACUACACAUAUACAUAUACAUAUACAUAUACACACACACUCACACACAUACAAAAUAUAUUAUAAUUUAAUGCAUAUAUGUAUUUUUAGAGCAAUUUAUUAUGAAUAUGAACAAUUACUUCAUGUUUUUUUUGUGUAAAUGUUUUACAAAUUUUAAAUAUAAAAAUAAAGAAUAACGACAACUCUUUAGGAAAAAACUAAAUAA